AUGGUGCAGUUUGUCAAGGAACACUUGAUUUAUCGCUUUGGAAUCUCUGAGUCAAUCACAACUGACCAGGGCACAAUGUUUACUGGGGAAGAAUUCAGAUCAUUUGCUGCAGAUUUUGGAAUCAAGCUGAUUAACUCAACUCCCUACUACCCUCAGGCCAACGAUCAGGUCGAGCCAAGCAACAAGGUCAUCAUCAGCACGCUGGAGAAGAUGAUGGACAAUAAUCCUAGAGUGUGGCACAAGAUUCUCCAAGAAGUAUUGUGGGCGUACAGAACAACAAGACGGUCAAGCACUGGCACAAAUCCAUUUCAUUUGACUUAUGGACAUGAUGUCAUACUUCCAACGGAGAUUAUCAGUCAUUCUCUAAGGGUGGUAAGACAGAACUGCUUGACUACAGCGGAUUAUUCAGAGGCAAUGGUGAUGGAAUUGGAGCAGCUAGAGGAAGAUCGCAUUCAGGCUUUCAAUAGAAUGUUGGUCCAGUAUAAGAAGAUUCAUAGGGCUUACAAUAAACGGGUAAAGAAGAAAACCUUUCAUGAAGACCGAGAGUUCGAUAAAUGGUCACCUAAUUGGGAGGGACCUUUCAAGGUUCACAAAGUAUUGAAAGGAAACUCAUAUUGGCUUUACAGUCUAGAGGGUCAACCACAUAGAAAGUUUAUCAAUGGCAAAUAUCUCAAAGGAUACUUUCCCACUAUUUGGGAAAGGAAUCCUUCUGUAUAA